AUGGAUCAAGAGGCGCGCGCAAACGAACCGCAUGGAUCUAUUAAUUAUCACUCAAAUCCUAUGCCUCACGCUAAUGCUGUGACUCUUCCAAGUACUCCCUACGCAGCUGCUGCUGACAUCACUCGCUUGCAUCACGCUGUUCAGUCACCAGAAAAGCACCAAAUUGAAAUAUCUUCCAGUGGCAUUCCUCAAACUAUAAGCCUGUCUAACUCAACUGGGCAGAUAAUUGGAUUAGAACCCAAGGUCCAUCUUGGUGUCAAUAGCGGUGGCGUCGUUCAUAAUGCUGUUCUGCAACCGGCAUCAUCAGGUCAGACAGAGAUAGUACUUCGUGUCGCUGGAACUACUUCCGACACUCUCGGAGUCAACCCCAACAAUAAUUUUGUUGGAUCUCAGAUGACCAAUCUGCCGGCAGCAAAUACAAAUUCCACGCAAUCGGUUAUGUUAGGCACUAUUGUCUCUCGCACUGGCUAUUCCAACAUCAACCCUGUGCAUGUUAUCCAAAGCAAUUCUGACCGUAUUGGUAGUGGAAUGCUAGGCACAAAUGCUAACACAAUUUCUUAUAACCAAGUGGUUGCCACUCCCCAAGGAGGCACUACUGCUGUCAUCGCCACUGGGGUUCCGCAGGCACCUCAUUCACUGCAGCAACAAAGGAUUUCCAUUCCCCAGCCUACCAAUCAGUCUCAGGGCCAGCAACAACAGCAAACCUUUGGAACAACUGCAAUGAAUAAUACUCUUAGUGGCUCUAGCAGUAGUAGUGGAGGAACUCCUUCGGGUGUUGCUACUGACCCUGAAAAAAGACAACUGAUUCAACAGCAGUUAGUUCUUCUUUUGCAUGCCCAUCGAUGUCAACGGCAAGAAGGUGAGGGAAAUGGCCGGGCCAACCCCUGUACGACUCCCCACUGCAGGACUAUGCGCGCUGUUCUACAACAUAUGUCUACCUGUACAGAGGGCAAAAAUUGCCAGAUACCGCAUUGCGCUUCAUCCAGACAGAUUAUUUCACACUGGAAAAAUUGUAGCAGCCGAGAGUGCCCUGUGUGCAACCCACUUAAGCAAAAUCAAAACUAUCAGCGCAACCAGAUGCUGCAGCAGAGGCAACAGCAACAGGGGAUCCAGCAAGUUCAGAGCCAGAUACAACAGAAUACUGUUAACUCCUCUAGCUCCCAGGUCAACUAUAAUGGAGUGCAAUACCAUUCUACUGGCUCUAGACCUACUACUAUGCCUAUUCCCCAAACUCGGGUAGUUUCUGUUCCAGCCUCAACCCCUAGUCUUGGUUCUCUUCCAUACCCUACGACAACUAGUGCCAAUAUUAUUACAAAUUCUUCUGGACAGCUUGUUGGGGCUGGCGUAUGUGGGCAAAUCACGGAUACUUCUACUGUCAAUGAUGUUGCCGCUGUUAUAAGCAAUCCAAUUAGUAAUACUAGCCAAAUUGAGCAAACCGGUUGGCGCAAAGAUGUUAGUAUUGCUCAACGCAAUCAUCUUGUCAGAAGGAUUGUCAGGUUCAUUUUUCCAUCGCCUGAUCCUGCUGCUUAUGCUGAUCCACGGAUGAAUAACCUCAUCGAAUAUGCCCGAAAGGUUGAGCGAGAAAUGUACAGUACUGCUAAGGACAUGGAGGAAUAUUUCCACUUGCUCGCUGAAAAAUGUUACAAAAUCCAUAAGGAAUUAGAGGAAAAGCGAAAAAAUAGGCAGUUAUCUCUGGCCCAAUCUAGUGCAGCCACAUCUUCCUCUUCCUCAAUUACCUGUUCUCCUGGCAUCUCCAUAUCCGGAAGUUCUACUACAAUUCAGGGUGAUUUAAGGUCCGGACAGUUCGCAGUUUCCCACAAUGCUGCUUUGGGCACAUCUGUAUCUCCUCCAGCUAGUAGUUCUCACAGUUCUGGUCUUCCAAACCAAGGUAUAACUGUGUCUGGAAAUGGGAAUAAUACAUGUGUCACUCGGAGGCUUCCUCAAUCUUGUGGUGGUGACGGUUUUGAGCUGUCUUCAUUUGCUCAGCAUGAUAGUGAUGGAGAUAAUAAUCUUUCUAAAUUUGAUGAAGCUCUUAACUCUACAUGUAAUCGGUUUCGAAUGAAAUCAGAAAAUGCUUCAUCUACUGGAUUUGCUCCGUCGACUAGUGUACAGGCUAUCGGCCCAGCCGCAACAGAAUUAUCUUCUUUAUCAAGCACUACUCUUUCUUUGUCCUAUGUGAAGCCUUCUUCAGACACAAGUGAUACCUAUCAGACAACCAACGUAACUGCUGGUAGCUUUUCUUCUGUUAUCACUCCAUCUACUGUUAUGGGGAGUAAGAUUGAAACCAAGGAUGAACCCAGCGAUAGUGUCUCGACCGCACUUUGUGCGCCAGCAUCUAUAACUUCGAAUUCAAGCAUAAGUGAUGCUACUUUGUCGUCGGUUUCCACGGGUCUAACUUCUGUCUCAACCACUUCUCUUCUUCCGAUGUCGGAGAAACCUGAUACAAGCAAGUGGAAAAAGUGGACACGAGAAGAACUUUUAAGGCACUUUUUGCCUCUUCAUGAGGACAUUUAUAACGAUCGUAAUGCCGAGCCUUUUCGUGCUCCUGUUGAUCCUGUCGCUCUUCAUAUACCUGAUUAUCCUCAAGUUAUCAAGGAACCGAUGGAUUUAACCACCAUUCGAAACAAUCUCGAAGAUGGUAAAUAUGCUGAUCCUUGGCAGGUUUUGGAUCAUUUUCGACUCAUGUUUAAUAAUGCGUGGCUGUAUAAUAAAAAGACGUCUAAAGUAUACAAAAUGUGCACUAAGCUUUCUGAACUGUUUGAAUCAGAAGUUGAUCAAGUUAUGCAAGCCAUGGGCUUCUGCUGCGGUCAUGACUAUGUCUACCAACCUCAGCUUCUUUUUUGCACUUCUCUGAAUGUGUGCACGAUCAACAGAGAAUCGAUUUACUACGUUUAUAACAAUACUGACAAACAAGGUACUGGCCUCGUGUGCGACAAAUAUUAUCAAUGCGAAAAAUGUUUUAAUGAAUCUGGUGAUGCUAUUCUCCUCUCUGAUGAACCGGGCCAGACCCCUGUCGCUAUAAAGAAGGAUUUGUUUGAAGUUAAGCGAAAUAAUGUGAAAGUAAAGGAAGAAACUGUCAACUGCAAAGAGUGUGGUCGUAUGUGGCACAAAGUCUGCGCAUUGCAUAUGAACGAAAUUUGGCCUACUGGGUUUGUUUGCCCCGCUUGUCUGCGAGAAAGGAGCCUAAAGCGCAAAGAGAAUCGGUACACUGCUCGUCGCCUUCCUUCUAACAGACUAAGUGCUUUCCUCGAAAAACGGGUUAAUGAUUUUCUUAAAAAGAAAGAAGUAACCUCAGGCGAAGUCACAGUCCGUGUUUUGGCCAGCUCGGAUAAGGUCGUCGAAGUAAGGCCUUUAAUGCAGAAAAGAUUCACAGAAAGUGGUGAAUUAUCAGAAUCUUUUCCAUACAGACUGAAAGCUAUAUUUGCCUUUCAAGAAAUUGAUGGACAAGACGUCUGCUUCUUUGGCUUAUAUGUUCAGGAGUAUGGCUCAGAAUGUCCUCAGCCAAACCGUCGUCGUGUUUACGUCGCUUAUCUCGAUUCCGUAUUUUAUUUUCGGCCAAAACAAUAUCGUACUGAUGUAUAUCACGAGAUUCUGGUCGGCUACUUGUUAUAUGCAAAACGCUGUGGAUAUACUAUGGCUCAUAUAUGGGCUUGUCCACCUGGCGAAGGGGACGAUUACAUAUUUCAUAUGCAUCCUCCAGAACAAAAAAUCCCAAAGGCCAAGCGACUUCAGGAGUGGUACCGAAGGAUGCUUGAAAAGGCUAUUAUAGAAGGCAUAGUUGUGGAUUAUAAAAAUAUCCUGCGAGAUGCCAUCGAUCAUCAGCUAGUGUCUCCUACUGAGAUACCUUAUUUUGAAGGCGAUUUUUGGCCAAACACUCUUGAAGACAUUCUCAAGGUCAGUAUUACUAUUAAAAAAAUAGAUUUUUUUCAAUGCUUAAAUGUUAGCUAA